UUUGUUUUACUGUUAUGAGUAACUAUUUCAUUGGCAUUUUCUCAACCAUUUUGAGGUGAAAAGUUGUUGACAUAUUUUGUGACAAAUUGAUGGGAUUUUUUAUCAGGCCUUGUUUCUAAAAUUAUUUAGUUUUCACUACUUAAACUCGUAUAUUAUCAAGUUCAAAUUCUGUUCUUUGAUUUACGUCCUCAUGAUUUUGAUUGAAAGUCGAGUUAAGAAAAUGGUUUUAAAAAUAUUAUUUUUUCAGAUAAAAUGGCUCGGCGUGGGCCCCCUCCAGAUACCAGCAGGAUGGUGUCGCUGAAGGUGGACGGGUUGUCUCACAGGACCAACCUGGAGGACCUAGAGUCCUUGUUCGACAAGUAUGGAAAGGUUGGAGAUGUUUAUAUUCCUAAGGAUUACAGAACUAAAGAGAACCGUGGGUUUGGGUUUGUCAGAUACUUUAACAAGGACGAUGCAGAGGACGCCAUUGAUGCUCUGGAUGGUAGAAAGUUUGAUGGUCGUGAGUUGAGUGUUCAAUAUGCUCGCUACGAUCGACCUGAUCGCGAUUACGGUGGUGGUCGAGGUGGGGGUGGUGACCGAGGGGGUCGAGGCGGUGGCCGUCGAUCCAGAUCAAGAUCCCGUGGAGGUCGGAGAGGAGGUCGAUCCCCGGACCGGUCUCGAGGCCGUGAUCGUGAUCGCUCUAGGGAUCGUAACCGCUCCCGAACUCCGCGGGAUCGCUCUAGGGAUCGCAAGAAAUCUCGAUCUAGGUCUGUUGAUUCUGAUUCCCGCAGAAGACGUCAUUCCGGGCGAUCUGAUCGAUCAGACGACUAGACACCAAGGAGAUGAAAACUUCCUGAUUGCAUUCAACUCAUUUAUGCAUUGAGAUAAUCUCGGUACUUUAAUAUACUGUAAUCUUAUCACUUUGUAACCCUCCCCUCCAGCAAUUCUGUAUUUAAAUGUUAGUCUUCCCCCCAAGCUUAAUCAUGAAAUAUUGUAAUGUCCAUUAAAAGAAAACUGAAUAUAAUCCUGAAUUUGUAAA